CUUUGUUAUUACGUUACAGAAUACCCGGCUCCUUUUUUUUACUUAUGACGUGCUGGAUCCAGCUGGUUUCUCUUCUCAAGUCUUCAGGUGAUGCACGAGCCAGACGGGCAAUGGGUCCCCAUGAGUGGCCCCUGGUUGCUUGACGAGAUGGACAACACGCAGCGCGAGGCAAACUUCACCUGGAGGAACCAAGUGAGUGGGGCUGCCGAAGAGUGGCAGAUCAAGGCAACACGCGUGGAGAGGCCCGCAGGACGGAGCUCCCAGGCGCCCAGCUGCGAGUGGCCAGUAGCGGUGGCACAGAACGCGCAGUCGGCACGACCCGCGGCAGGUUCACGCGAUGGGCAGGCCUAG